AAUUCCGGUUGUCUGACAAGUGUAGCUGCUUCCGCCUUUAGCCUCUUCUACUGACACACACGCGCACACGCAUACAGAGAAAUGACUGCCACCUUGCGACCUUAUCUCAAUGCGGUGCGUGCCACCCUGCAGGCCGCCCUCUGUCUGGAGAAUUUCUCCUCACAAGUGGUGGAGAGACACAACAAGCCCGAAGUGGAAGUGCGGAGUAGCAAAGAACUGCUCCUCCAGCCUGUGAUCAUCAGCCGCAAUGACAAGGAGAAGGUUCUGAUCGAGGGAUCUAUCAACUCCGUUAGAGUCAGCAUUGCCGUCAAGCAGGCAGAUGAGAUCGAGAAGAUUCUGUGCCAUAAGUUCAUGCGUUUCAUGAUGAUGAGAGCAGAGAACUUCUUCAUUCUCAGGAGGAAACCCGUGGAGGGCUAUGACAUCAGUUUUCUCAUCACCAACUUCCACACAGAGCAAAUGUACAAACACAAACUGGUGGACUUUGUCAUUCAUUUCAUGGAGGAAAUCGACAAAGAGAUCAGUGAAAUGAAACUGUCAGUCAACGCUCGGGCUCGUAUUGUUGCUGAAGAGUUCCUCAAAAAUUUCUGAAAGAGCAGAAAAUGUUCCUUUUGCAAUCUUUCGCCGUCACUUUGGAUGGACGAGACGAAACACCAUCAGCCAAGCGAAGUUAGAAAAUAUACUGUACGAUGUAGUGGCCAGUGGGGUUUUGUCCUUUCACAUUAAAAUACCCCUGUGCUCAAAAAUAUUGAUGUUUGUACAUAAUAACAAUUCACAACUUAAAGAGAUAUUUGUCAUCAGUAUUAAUGAGCACAGGAAAACAUGGAAGUUUCUCAGAUAAUUAACAUUUUUAUACACCCCUAUGUAUGCACAUUUCAUUUUGAUGACAUGAGGGCAAUCAGCCAUGUUUCUUGUUAUUUAGUUACAGAGUGGAGUUUAUUAAAGGUGGAAGUAAAAACAUGUUGGCAGUGAAGAGGAAUAAAAACAUUAUCUUUGUA